AUCACGACAAUCAUUGACCCUACCGAACACACUGGUGAAAAUGUACAGAACAUCUGCACUUAUUUAUAUACUAUCUGUAAUAUCCAUCAAUCCCUUCGUUUGCUUGGAUGAAAUACCUGCAGGAAAUUUGAAGCCUUUCGGUCGUCACAGAGAGCCCGAUGUUGUUACGGAAGAAAUCACUGAAGUUCCGCAUCCAGCAGAGUUUUGGGAAACUUAUGUGUCGAAAAAUAAACCGGUGGUUUUUAGGGGAGCAGCAAAAAAUUCCAGGGCUUAUGAAUUGUGGACAGAAGAGUUUUUAAGCUCAGAGUAUGGAGACCUCACUGUACGUCUUGAAGCAAGAGCUGAAGCAAAUGACCGUGUACCAGUUGGGUCAGCAGGGAUUCUUGGCAGAGACACCAUAAAGCAUUUUAUACAGAAUUAUCAAACUAUGGAUGCUUAUGUGAUCUCCCAGAUUCCACAGCCAAUGGAAAAAGACAUAGGAAUACCUCCAUGUUUAAGAUGUGGUUCCUUGUCUGAAGCUAUUCAAGAGGUCCACCUAUUUCUCAGUGCUCGUGGCGGCAAAACAAAAUUACAUCAGGAUCCAUACAGCAAUAUACAUUGUAUUUUUAAUGGCACCAAAGACUGGAUUCUUGUUCAUCCUGAUCAAACAAAUCUUGUUUACAUGUCUGAUGAUUCCAAAUAUGAAUGGGGUGGAUAUUCAGAGAUAGACAUUGACUCUGUUGACUUAAAAGAAUUUCCAAAGAUUAAAGAUGUACAUUACUCCAAGGUCAGAAUGAAUAAGGGCGACUGUAUCUUCAUGCCAGGAGGCUACUGGCAUCAAGUGCGUUCCUGGGGCUACAUGAAUUCUGCUGUAUCUAUUUGGUUCUCACAGUUAAAACAGUUUGCAGAGAAAGACUGUGAUGAAGGGAAUAUUUCCUUUACACCCAUGAAUGAGGUAAUGGUGUUAUGGCGGUACUCUGGUUAUGGGGAUCUUAGUCAAGGCCAUAUGGACAUCUACAUUCUGAAACGCUUUCUGCUAACUUUAGCUGAUAAUGAGGGAAAGAUUUGGCUCAAAGAGUUUGUACAAAAAUACUUUCAGAGUGAAAGUAGAAGGAAAGACGUGAUGAGAAAAGAUGAACAAGAGAGAGCAAAAAAGUUGGUUGAAUACCUUGACCAUGAUCAUAAAGGUUUUGUGACACAUGGAUAUAUAGAGAAUCUGACCAUUUAUCAGUUAAAAGAACUGUUGUUAUUUAUUGAUCCUAAUGAUGUUUCCAACACUGAAGACUUUGAAUAUAGUCACAUUCAUGCUCCUUAUAUAGAGGAUUUGGUAGCAAAGUGUCAGGAUAAGAGAGGAAUCUUUGACAAGGAAAAGUUUAUUUCAAGCUAUGUACAGGGUCUUGGAGGAACUCCCACUAAAGCUGCAGAGGUAAUGCACUUAUGCUUUGCAUGUGUGGUGCAGUCAUCAACCGCCUCCCAGUUAGCUCAAUGGAUAGAGCGCUGGACUGUUGUGUGGGAGGUCGCGGGUUCAAGCCCUGGCAUUGUGGUAAGCCUUGGAGCACAUAAUAAAGACAGUGCUGUAGCAGAUAGUGAAGGACGCAUUUCAAAAGUCUUGCACAAGUUUUACAGUGCUAAAGAACAUGACCCCACAUUUGAACGCAAAAUGUAUCAACACCUCCGCCAACAUGAUGAACUUUGAGGGAAACAGAGAGAAACAAAGGGAAAACUGUCUCUUCCACUGUUUAUUUUACUUCACUUACUGUGGAUUAAGAGAGUCUAUUUUCAGUAUAAUUAUGAAUAUGAAGUCAUUUCAACGUCUGCAUCAAUGUCAGCUAUUUAAAGUAUAUUUGAAUAUUAAUCUUCACACAAAAUGAAAUUAGACAGCAUAACUUCACAAAGUGAACAACUGCAAUUUGCCAUGAUCAGUUGUUGCUGUCAAAAUUUACAGAACAGAACCUCUUGGCAUUCUUGACUGUGAAAAGCUUUAAAAUUGAAUUGGACACCAAAGCUACCUUAAAUGUAAAUGUACUCUUUCUGUAAAGUCUACCUUACCUGGGGUGACAGUCAGAAUAUUUAUUCAUAAAGUAAAAAGAGCAAAUUUUCGCAGUUCGUGGUGUACAUACAUUAAAAAUAUUUGCACAGUAACGCGUGUGUUUUCUGUUUUAUCGGUCCACAGUCGGUGUCCGUCAAUUUACAGUCUGCAGUCUGCAAACAUUCGUUAUUACGCUCCCAAAUUUGGUAUCUCAUGAAACUCUCCCAGGCCCGAUCCCAGGUUUGACGAUUCUUGAGAUUUAUUUAGAUCAAGGCAGGGCAAGAUU